AUGCCUUCCUACAGAACGGCGAGAACAGCCCUCCGCGCUGUUUCGCGCUCAUCAGCCCCCAUCAGAUUCACGCCCUCUCAACAAUCGAGGCAUUUUGCCAGCCACCACCCCUCCAGCCUGCCCGCAGCCGUGUCUUCUGGCCUGCUGCAACAGAGCCGUCUGCCUCGCAGCAGCCGGACACAACACCUGGCACAACAGAGGCAGUCGCCUUUUGCCGGUCGCCAGGGUGCUGUCCGCACCAUCUUCAUCCAGACCGAGUCGACGCCCAACCCGGACGCCAUCAAGUUCCUUCCGAACCACCGCAUUCUCCCCGAAACAAUCUCGAGCCCCUUCAUCGAGUACAUGAACCCGCGCUCGACCAUCGCGCCUCCCUACCCGUCGCCGCUGGCCGCUCAGCUGAUGAACAUUGACGGCGUCACCUCCGUCUUCUACGGCGUCGACUUCAUCACCGUCACCAAGGCCGCCGACGCCAACUGGGCGCACAUCCGCCCUGAAAUCUUUGCGCUGAUCACCGAGGCCAUCACCUCCGGCCAGACCAUCGUCAACGUCGCUGAGAAGAAGGACGGAGGGGCCGCUUUGGAGGCCGAGGAGGAGGACAGUCUCGCGUAUGACGAGAACGACAGCGAGGUCGUCGGCAUGAUCAAGGAGCUUCUCGAGACGAGGAUACGACCUGCCAUCCAAGAGGACGGUGGCGACAUUGAUUUCCGCGGCUUCACUGACGAGGGCAUCGUUCUCUUGAAGCUCCGCGGUGCGUGCCGGACGUGCGACUCGAGCACCGCCACAUUGAAGAAUGGCAUUGAGAGCAUGUUGAUGCAUUAUAUUGAGGAAGUCAAGGGUGUCCAGCAGAUCCUCGACGAGGAAGAGGAGAUUGCCCUCAAGGAAUUCGCCAAAUUCGAAGAGAAGCUCAAGGCGCAAAAGAGCCAGGAGGCAACUGCCUGA